AACCUACUGGGAAAUAUCUAAAUAAAAAAAUAAGGAGAAAAUGAAAAUAUUCAAAAAGAAAAUAGAAGAAGAAUGCACAGAAGUGAAAAAAAAUUAAAUUGGAAAAGAAAAAUAAAAGAAGAGCGCGAGCGACAGAGCGAGAGCCGAACCUUCGAAGAUUCGAAACCCAGUCACUCGGGUUCGAUUUAUCUGCAAUUCGUCAAGUGGUCCGAUUUGUGGUUCGUGCAGUGCGUGAGAAGGCACGGUGCUGUGGGCCCAAGUUUGGUUAUUCAAGCUUAGGGUUUUGGACGUGCAUGGUUUUCAAAAAACUUCAGCUUGAUUAGAUGGGAUUUAGUGAGCUCCGUAGUCGGUUUGAUCUCUAGGGUUUUGGUUUCGGAAAAAUGAGAUUUGGGUUCGCAUUGUAUGGUUUGUGGGUUGGUGAAUUCGGGGUUGUUUGGAACUAAGGAUACUGUUAAUUGGUUAUAAAUUGGGGUUUCGGGGUUCUGGGGAUUCGUCGGAUCCCGCUGUGGAUUUGCAUUCAAUGAUAUGUGGGAGGGAAAUUUCUGGGUCGUUUGGAAAACGAGAUAAGUGUGAUUUGGGAUAAACUGUGGUUACUGUUGGGCUUGUGAUUCUGCGGACGGUGUAUGAAUCUGUGUCUCGAGACAUGCAACCUCAGCAGAGCGCCAGAAUUGAUUUGGUUGACUUGAAAGCUCAGAUAGUGAAGAAACUUGGGGUGAAUAAAUCAAAACUGUACUUCCAUCACUUGAAUAGGUUCUUGAGCGAUAAAUUGGGCAAGAGUCAGUUUGAAAAUUUUUGUAUUCGGGCUUUUGGGAGGGACAAUCUUCCACUGCACAAUCAACUCAUAAUUUCAAUCUUGAAGAAUGCAUGCCAAGCCAAGACCCCACCACCAAUUCAUUUAACAGGUCCCCAAAAGUUAGGGAUACAAGCUGCAAACAGUUCUGGUGGGGAAGAUGGGCAUGAACAAAGUGGGGUAAUUUUUCCAGGUCAGAAUCAGAAUGUGCCUGUGUGGUCUAAUGGGGUUCUGCCAGUGUCCCCGCGAAAGGGUAGGUCUGCGAUACGUGAUCGGAAGCUCAAGGAUAGACCAAGCCCACUUGGACCAAAUGGGAAGGUCGAGUGUGUUUCACAUCAGUCCAUGGGAACAGAAGAUGGCAGUAGUAAGUUUAACAUGGAAAAUGGCGAUUUGACUCCAUGUGAUUAUCAGAGAUCAGUGCAGCAUCUUCAAACAGUUGCUAUGCCACAUGAGAAUGAGAGGGAGGGUGCUAUCCAGCGACCUGCAGAGAAGCCAAGGAUACAUUGUAAGGAUCAGACUGCAGUAGCUGUCAUUGAUGAUCAGGUGGAGCAGUCAAAGCGGUUGAGAUUCUAUAGAAGUCACCUACUUGCCCCCCUAGGAAUUCCAUUUUGCUCAGCUAGUGUAGGCGGGUCCCGUAAAGUUAAUUCAUUCAGUAGCAGUGGUGAUUUUGUUAGCUGUUAUGAUAGUGGUGGAUUGUCUGAUACAGAGACACUGAGAAAACGUGUGGAGCAGAUUGCGGCAGCACAGGGCCUUGGUGGCGUUUCCAUGGAAUGUGCUAAUAUGUUGAAUAAUAUGUUGGAUGUGUACUUGAAGCGGUUAAUCAGGUCUUGUGUUGAGUUGGUGGGAGCAAGGUGUUCACGUGAGCCAAAAAAGUACCCUGCUCACAAGCAGCAGAUUCAAGGCAAAAUUCUCAAUGGCAUGUGGCCAAGUAAUCAUUUACAUAUGCAGAGCACAGGUGGGCCCAUGGAAGUUAUGCAGGAGCAAGGAUCCCAAUGCUCAAUAUCUUUGCUUGAUUUCAAAGUUGCCAUGGAGCUGAAUCCUCAGCAACUUGGGGAAGAUUGGCCAUUACUGCUGGAGAAAAUAUGCAUGCAAGCAUUUGAGGAAUGACGCUUCCCUACAGAUCUUUGCUCAUUCCAAGACUUGGUUGGUUUGGUAUGUUCUGGUGCAAAGGGGUGGACAACCAUUGUUGGAGAUAAUUGUUGCACUAAGUUCUGUUCUUACUGCCAAGAUGAGCCAGAUUUCUCCCAGUUGCUUAAAGCUCUGGCCCUUACAAAUGAAUUGUGGUCGUGAGCAUUAAAAUGUCUGUAUUUGCCUACUGCAGAGCAUGGCUGGUCGGGAAAUUAUUUAACUGCAACCAAGCAAAGGGUUCCUUCAAAUAGAAUGCCCAUGAUUGGUUGCUCUGUUGUAUCUUUAGCAUUGAUCUUGGCAGUAUUUGCCAUCUCUACAGAUCUCAAGCAUUUCCUGUAAUUUUCAGCCAAUGUGGAGGAAAACUAAGAGAGUUUUACCAGGAUACUGUUGUGUUGCGUGGUGAAAGGUAAAACAUUCACUUGUGUAAGAGCUGCAGUAAUGCUCUGUAUGUACUUUUAGGUCCUGAAAAUUAAUUGGAAUUUAAAUAUCAAUAACACAUUAACUUCCAUUGUUAUCUCCUCGAUGGUUUGGCAUCUUUUCUAUAACUAAGUGACACAUAACUAACCUGAUGCGAAUGCAUCAUCGCUUCCUGUGGUGUUGUAAGAACAGUUUUGACUGUAAAUGUUAAUGUUUCAUCUUGCAAAUAGUAGUGGUGGC